CAAAGCCCGAUGCCAGCUCUGUCCACAUAUCUAUUCAAGAGACACCAUCAUAGGAUCUAAUCACAUCAGCCAUGCCAUCAGGGGCUCGUUCACCUGCACAUCUACCAACGUGAUGUAUGCCAUCAUGCGCCAGCAAUGCCCCUCGGUCUGGAUGUCCAUCCACAAUCACAGCUCCAGAUCUGAGCCAACUAAUCUGCCUCACAAAAGUACAAGGAAUGGAGCUGGCAGUCCCCUUCCUCAGCUGCCAGAGGAGGGCUGCCUGGGGAGCCAGAAAAGCCACCCACCUCUGCUGCCCAAGUAUGAAAUACUUCCUUAUCCUGCUCUCGUGUACAAUCGUUGUGUUUUUGGCCUCCAUGCGCUGGCAGAGGCCAGCUGAAAGUCAGAUCAAGGAAGAGAUUUCAGAGGCUCGGUCUGACCUGAAACUUCUAUCACCAGAAAAAUACAAGUCCUUGUUUAUCUACAGUGGAAUUUGGCUAGCUCCAAAGAAUCAGUGCGAAUGUGCCAAAGUCGACCAUGUGCAUGUCUACGAGAUGGAAGAUUAUAUCGAUAAGAAAGACCUUGCCUCAGUUAAAGAGAGGCGACAGAAGGAGUUUGAGCACUAUCAGAAAAGAUACCCCUCGAUGACUCAAGACAUAGUAAUAGCCAAACCAAACGUGCCAUUAAGCUAUCCUAUUCAAGGAGUAGAGGUGAUGCCGCUACACACGAUUAUGAUUCCAGGGCUUGGUUUGCAUGGAGUGACUGAAGAAAAAUACCAGGUGAUCCUGCGAGCAUCUCUGGGAACCCUCAAUACGCUUGCUGAUGUGUCUGACGAUGUUGUGAGAGGACGGGGCAAGAAAGAGCUGCUCAUCUUGACCUCGGAUGUGGAGCUGCUGAAUUUCAUCCUUGAGCAUGUCACAUACACCAGUGUGGUCUACCAGCUCUCUGCAGUAGAUAUGAUGAGUUUUGAGAGCAGAGAUCAUGUCGCUCAGUUUCCUGUGAUCAUCCGACAGCCCAGCCUUCCAAAGUUGUUUGAUCCUGGAGCAGAUAGGAAGAUCAGCUCCCUGGUGACUAUCACGACAAAGACUUUCUUGCGCUAUCACAAACUUCAGCUCCUAAUCAAGAGCAUCCGACAGUACUAUCCUGACAUAAAAAUCAUCGUUGCCGAUGACAGCGAAGUCCCGGAGAAGAUCAUCGAAGAGAACGUUGAGCAUUACAUCAUGCCCUUUGGAAAGGGUUGGUUUGCAGGAAGGAAUCUUGCAAUAUCUCAGGUCACAACCAAGUACUAUCUCUGGGUCGACGAUGACUACUUAUUCACCGAAAACACCAAAAUUGAGAAGCUAUUGGACGUGCUGGAGAGAACAAACUUGGAUAUGGUUGGAGGCAGCGUGAAUGGGAACACCUACAGUUUUCAGCUGCUGUAUGAGCAGGGUGACGACAGCGGCUGUCUGCAUUUGAGAUACGGCUCCUUCCACAAGUUGGAAGGGUUCCCCAAUUGCGUGGUCACCAGUGGCGUGGUCAACUUCUACCUGGCCCAUACAGACAAAAGCAGACACGUCGGCUACGACCCUCUUCUGCAAAGAGUAGCUCACUCAGAGUUUUUCAUGGAUGGUCUGGGCAUCUUGCUUGUCGGUUCCUGCAGUGAUGUUUCUAUUGGUCACCAAGCACAUAAUCCCGCAUCUGAGCCCAACCUGACUAAGGUAGAAGACCAAUAUAAAAGGUUCCGGACCAACACCCAAGCACAGGUCCAAUUUAAGCUGACUUUGCACUACUUCAAAAACCAACUGAAAUGCUACUCAACAAGAUAACCCUUUUACCCUGCCGUUUGCAAUUUCUACGGUAACCUCUCUGAUGCCCACGGCAGGCAUACGCUCUGGGCUUCAGCCUAAUUGCCUUAUUUGUGCUACACUGGAUGCCUUCCUUUUUGCACCUACCUUUUCUAUAAAAACUUUUUAAUGGGCUGAAUUUGGGAUUCUGGAAUCUCUUGGCCCAGACUUGAAAUGGACAACGCAGGCGUGUGUGUUAUCUGCACUCGGGUCCUGCUACAAGCCUUGCAAUGUUGUUUCCUCAUAGGGUGAGGCAGCUUGGCUAAUACUGAGCAAGAUUCUUCGUGGUGCUGCAGUGUCCUUACCAGCCAGUGAAGGGGGAUGGGGCGGAAUUCCUACUGGUUUGAUCUGGUAGCACUCCACAUCCUCCCUGCAUUUGAAUGGAUUAUCAGGGAUGCACAGACUGUCUGACGUCCUUCUUGGAGGAGUAACUGGAAUGUGUGUUCUCAAGUUGAGUGCCAAAAGCACAAUGAUUUUCAUGUUUAGACUGAAGAGCUUGGUUUAUGCUAAAUGGAGUUAGUAUGUUGUCUAUGCAAUAUUUGUUGAGAAUUUCUUAUGGUUACUCCUUACUUAAGGACCGGAGGGGGGAGGUUGGAAACCUGGCUUAGUUAAGAAGCUUUCACUUAAAAGGAGGAAAAUGCAAACUCUCCUAACUGUCCUGCCUGAAUGCAGUCCACGUUCACAUGACCCGAGUUCUUUUCAUCUGCUAGCUCGUGACCUAUGUGAAAUGGUGGAGUUCAGUUCCUAGUGGGCAGCUAACCACAACGCCAGAAAACCCCACCAUUACCACAGUGGUGGGACCUGGAUGCUAAUCUCCGCCAAGAAGUAAAUACCUCAAGCAGACCAGGAGUCUUACGCAUCAAGGCCCCAUACUUCUGACGACAGGAGAGAACUUGGCCUUGGUAUGAAAUGUUCUGACAUUGGUUAGGCAAAUGACCUAGCUUUGAUUUUUGCUCAGCUGUUUUGUUAGCUCCUCUCUGGGUGUCUUGUAGCCUGUGAGCUUGUUUGGGCAGGGGCUAUCUCUGUUAUGAUUGAACAGCACCCACCGUGAUCGGGGUUCCUUUACACUACUGUGAUGUGGAUAAUUAAAAUACCUUAUUUGAGUUGAAAA